UAUAAUCUUAUCUCAAACUCCUGUCUUUGGAAAAAAAAAACAAACUCUUAUUCUUACGGAAAGAAUCAAAGAGAAACGACCUUGUCAAUUUUCAGCUACAUCAAAAUUGUAGGUGGGAACAAUCCUCAAGCUUCAACACCGAACCGACUGAGUAUAAUAUCAAGAAGCAAGUUUCAUUUUAGGAUUCAAGCUUUUCUACGUAUUUUGGCCUGAAAUCAUUAUUCAUUAGCAUUUAGCAUCAGAAAGGGCAUAUUCCUCUGUUUCCCAGUUCUUUAUAAGGAUAGCCUCCGUUUGCUUUCCUCCAAAAAAAGGUUACGAAAAUAGCCAUCAAUCACAGUUCUGAUCAUCGCCUAAAUCAGUCAAUCACCGAAAAUUCAAUCACAAUCAUGUCUACUCCUGAGGUUCUGCAAAGAGAAGACGACCUUCUCCUGUCAUCUCCCAUAAUCGAGCUUAGGAAAGGAGAAAAUGGCAAAUCUCGUGGGCUCUCGAUUGAGAAGAAGAUUGAGCUUCUCGAGAGCUUGAACGGAAAAAUUACAAACCGGCGUUCUCGGAGAUGGUUAAAUGAUCGUUUGUUGAUGGAGCUUGUUCCCCGCUUGAAUGCAGAAGAAAUCAGAGGCUUAUUUGCUCCACCACCAUGGGGUGAUGAUGUGCCACCAUCAGCAUUUUGCAUGGCUAAUGUGGGAGAAUGGGACAAAUUUAGGAAUAUAGACAUGGAUAAAGAGGCUAAUAUUAUUGGUGUCAUUAAUAAUUCAUCUACAAAGAAGAAAUUUCACGCCGAUGGUGAUAAGAUGGCUGUCUUGAAUGCAUGGCAAAGAAUUGAUUGUAGAACAAGGGAGGCUCUACGACGUAGCUUUCUUUCAGAGCUUAUUGCAGGCUAUGAGGAUAGCAUACGGACAUUCAUAAAGGAAAGUGGGGAUGGAGAUGACCUCUCAUUACAGGUCCAAGAUCCUUUCCAUAGAUUGUUGCUGCAUGGUGUCUGUGAGUUUUACAACUUGAUCUCAGUAACGGUUACGCAGACGAAGGAUGCAGAGUCACUGAAGGUAACAAGGAUAAAGAAAAAGAAGACAGGUGUAGUUGAUCUCCCAAAUAUCACAUUGUCCCAUUUCCUGAAAAUGUCAAAGGAGGGCAUUUGGUAGUUCUACUGCCAGGAGUUCUCAAUUCAUGUUCAUAAAUAAAGAAGUUGUGUACAAUGCUGCAUUCUAACUUAAUGUAUCUUGAUGAUGAAGUAAUAUUGGCAUUAGUCAUCACCUGUAAAUGUAAUUUUAGACCUAUAGCUUUGUAAAGCUGGGGUGGCUGAAUUCAUAAUUUCUUCCAGUCAACAUAACAUGUUGACUGCAGGUUUAGGGUUUAGUUAAGACAUGAUUCUUCAACAUUGUUGUACUUUGUAAUGGCUAAUAGGCAUGAUUCUUCAA